AUGGACCGCCAUCUCCUCUGCAACCUCGAGGCUGCAUCGCUUUUGGGGCAGCCUUUGGAGCUGCCUUCGAGGCCAAAUGCUGGCAGGCAACCUGAUGAGUUGUUUAUUGGUCGGCUUGACCACUCACUCGGCAGCGAACGUUUGAUCGUUGAGGAUGUCAUCUGCAUCCUGACGUGGGUGGAUGAACAAGGAGCCCCUGUGCUUUCACCAUCCUCUUUGGAUGAAGUGGUGGGGGAGCGUCGCAGACUUCGUCUGUGGCGAGGCCUCCUGAAAGAGCCAGUCCUUGAAGAGCGCAGCUCAUCCUUCUCGUCAUCCCACCGAGCGAGGAUCAUGGAGUGA